AUGACAUCGAAACGUCGCCCUACACGAGACAUAAAGGCCAAAAUGAAACAGUCAUGUGAUGGCCAGAAUGGAUCAUCUGACGGCCAGAAUGGAGAUGCAAAGUCUCGUCAGCUGUUUGUCAUGCGGCAUGGCGAAAGGUGUGACUUUGCUUUCGGAAGAUCCUGGAUGAGCAGAUGUUUUGAUGAGAAAGGUCACUACCAGCAGACCGACCUCAACCUACCCAAAGACUUGGUCAAGCGUGAUUCUUAUACAGAUUUUCUCAAAGACAGCCCACUGACCGAAAUAGGCAGGUUCCAAGCCAGAGCUACAGGUGAUGCACUGCACAAAGCCGGGGUGGACAUCAAGUUUGUCUAUUCCUCACCGUCACUCAGAUGUGUACAGACAGCCCAGAAUGUCAUUGAUGGAAUGAAGAACGACGCAAAGAUACGCAUUGAGCCCUCAGCAUUUGAGUGGUUUGGUUGGUACAAGAACGCCAUGCCCGUAUGGAUGACCCCACAGCAGUUGGAAGAUGUUGGUUUCAGUGUGGAUGUUCGUCACAAGCCGCUGGUGACCACAGGGGAGCUUUAUCUUGACGAGACAGUUGCCAACUACUACGAACGAUGUCAUAAACUUGCUCACCAUAUAACAACCACACAUGAAGAUAAAGGUGGGGAUAUAUUAAUUGUUGCCCAUGCUGGCAGUUUGGACACCUUCACCCGCAAGCUCCGGGGAAAGCCCCCGCGCAGUUCACAGGAAAUGCACCAGAUCCUGGCCUGUUUCACUUACUGUUGUAUAUGUUGUGUAGCUGAAAAUUCUGCGACCAAACAGUGGACUCUGGUAGCUCCGCCCAUUCCUCCACUUCACGAAUUUGAUUGGAAGGUUCUAUUGUGA